CAUCAGGAACGCGCCCGUGAGAGCGCGAUUAGAUUGGCUGGAGGGAAGGCGGUGUCGGCCUACGCCCCCAGAGUCAUCCGGCUGUCGCUGGCGGUUGCGCGGUUUGUGUGGGCUAGGUGAGGGCGGGGAGGGCUGGCUGUCUGGAUCUCUGACAGGUGAGGCGGGGGACGCAGAAGUCCAGCCGCCCUCUCAUGCAGCGGAGUCCGAAACAGGCCUACCAGUCAGUUCUUAUUUCUGUUGGGUGUUUCCAUGCUCCACCAUGUUAAGAGCUAAGAAUCAGCUUUUUUUACUUUCACCUCAUUACCUGAAGCAGGUAAAAGAAUCAUCAGGCUCCAGGCUCAUACGGCAACGACUUCUACACCAGCAACAGCCCCUUCACCCAGAAUGGGCUGCCCUGGCUAAAAAGCAGCUGAAAGGCAAAAACCCAGAAGACCUAAUAUGGCACACCCCGGAAGGGAUCUCUAUAAAACCCUUGUAUUCCAAGAGAGAUACUACGGACUUACCUGAAGAACUUCCAGGAGUGAAGCCAUUCACACGUGGACCAUAUCCUACCAUGUAUACCUUUAGGCCCUGGACCAUCCGCCAGUAUGCUGGUUUUAGUACUGUGGAAGAGAGCAAUAAGUUCUAUAAGGACAAUAUUAAGGCUGGUCAGCAGGGAUUAUCAGUUGCCUUUGAUCUGGCGACACAUCGUGGCUAUGAUUCAGACAACCCUCGAGUUCGUGGUGAUGUUGGAAUGGCUGGAGUUGCUAUUGACACUGUGGAAGAUACCAAAAUUCUUUUUGAUGGAAUUCCUUUAGAAAAAAUGUCAGUUUCCAUGACUAUGAAUGGAGCAGUUAUUCCAGUUCUUGCAAAUUUUAUAGUAACUGGAGAAGAACAAGGUGUACCUAAAGAGAAACUUACUGGUACCAUCCAAAAUGAUAUUCUAAAGGAAUUUAUGGUUCGAAACACAUAUAUUUUUCCUCCAGAACCAUCCAUGAAAAUUAUUGCUGACAUCUUUCAAUAUACGUCAAAGCACAUGCCAAAAUUUAAUUCAAUUUCAAUUAGUGGAUACCAUAUGCAGGAAGCAGGGGCUGAUGCCAUUCUGGAGCUGGCCUAUACUUUAGCAGAUGGAUUGGAGUACUCUAGAACUGGACUCCAGGCUGGCCUGACAAUUGAUGAAUUUGCACCAAGGUUGUCUUUCUUCUGGGGAAUUGGAAUGAAUUUCUAUAUGGAAAUAGCAAAGAUGAGAGCUGGUAGAAGACUCUGGGCUCACUUAAUAGAGAAAAUGUUUCAGCCUAAAAGUUCAAAAUCUCUUCUUCUAAGAGCACAUUGUCAGACAUCCGGAUGGUCACUUACUGAGCAGGAUCCUUACAAUAAUAUUGUCCGUACUGCAAUAGAAGCAAUGGCAGCAGUAUUUGGAGGGACUCAGUCUUUGCACACAAAUUCUUUUGAUGAAGCUUUGGGUUUGCCAACUGUGAAAAGUGCUCGAAUUGCCAGGAACACACAAAUUAUCAUUCAAGAAGAAUCUGGAAUUCCCAAAGUGGCUGAUCCUUGGGGAGGUUCCUACAUGAUGGAAUCUCUCACAAAUGAUGUUUACGAUGCUGCUUUAAAGCUCAUUAAUGAAAUUGAAGAAAUGGGUGGAAUGGCCAAAGCUGUAGCUGAGGGAAUACCUAAACUUCGAAUUGAAGAAUGUGCUGCCCGAAGACAAGCUAGAAUAGAUUCUGGUUCUGAAGUCAUCGUUGGAGUAAAUAAGUACCAGUUGGGAAAAAGAAGACGCCGUAGAGGUCUGGCAAUUGAUAAUACUUCAGUGCGAAACAGGCAGAUUGAGAAACUCAAGAGGUAUUUAUACCUGUGGAUGAUCAAAUCCAGCAGGGAUCAAGCUUUGGCUGAACGUUGUCUUGCUGCACUAACCGAAUGUGCUGCUAGCGGAGAUGGAAAUAUCCUGUCUCUUGCAGUGGAUGCAUCUCGUGCAAGAUGUACAGUGGGAGAAAUCACAGAUGCUCUGAAAAAGGUAUUUGGUGAACAUAAAGCGAAUGAUCGAAUGGUGAGUGGAGCAUAUCGCCAGGAAUUUGGAGAAAGUAAAGAGAUAACAUCUGCUAUCAAGAGGGUUCAUAAAUUCAUGGAACGUGAAGGUCGCAGACCUCGUCUUCUUGUAGCAAAAAUGGGACAAGAUGGCCAUGACAGAGGAGCAAAAGUUAUAGCUACAGGAUUUGCUGAUCUUGGUUUUGAUGUCGACAUAGGCCCUCUUUUCCAGACUCCUCGUGAAGUGGCCCAGCAGGCCGUGGAUGCAGAUGUGCAUGCUGUGGGCGUAAGCACCCUUGCUGCUGGUCAUAAAACCCUAGUUCCUGAACUCAUCAAAGAACUUAACUCCCUUGGACGGCCAGAUAUUCUUGUCAUGUGUGGAGGGGUGAUACCGCCUCAGGAUUAUGAAUUUCUGUUUGAAGUUGGUGUUUCCAAUGUAUUUGGUCCUGGGACUCGAAUUCCAAAGGCUGCCGUUCAAGUGCUUGAUGAUAUUGAGAAGUGUUUGGAAAAGAAGCAGCAAUCUGUAUAAUUUCCUCUUUUUGUUUUAGCUUUUUUCUAAAAUAUUAUUUUAGUUAUGAUCAAAGAAGAGAGUAAAGGUAUGUCUUCAAUUUAAUUUUAAUACCUGAUUUGUACUUUCCUUGAAAGCUUUACUUUAAAAUACCUUACUUAUAAGCCUGGCGUCAUGCUAUACGUAUGUACAUACAGUUUCACUUCAAAAAUUAAAAAAUAAAAUCUCUAAAACCUCUCUAUAACAAUACUUUAUCAAGAACUCUAGACAAAGGUAUUAUUUUUAAAAAUCAUGGUGAUGUAUUUAUUAGAAUGUUUCUUAUAAAUCUGUUUACUUUUUAUAUUGAGAAUUAAACUAUGCCUAAAAAACUCUGACUAGUCCCAUUUGUCAGUUUAGCAUUACAUGUCUUGAGCACCAGAAAAUAAAAUCCAUAUAUUAAUAAACACCUAUCUUGAAAAACUAGUGGAGUGUAUUUACAUGGAGAAAGAGAUUUUGGGUGGAGUCCUCAGCCAAAUUCUACCAGAAUCACCUUGAUAAAAGAAGUAUUGAAAUCAAGCACAGCAGGUUGGAAUAUGGGGAAUUUGACAUCCUAUUUCUUCAAGUCUGAUUUUACUUUCUUCCUGAGCAUGACCAUUUGACCUUGUUAUUUCUGGGCUUUGCUCAAGACCCAGGAGAGUAGAUGUUUAUGAACAUUCCUUUAAAUGAAAGUGCUUAGGUUGUAGUUAUGGCUUUGUCUAGAGUGGUGAUGUCAACUGUGAGUGUAGGUCUGAUAUAGAAAGAAUUCAACUUUCCAGAUCUAGAAAGAUGCUACCUUGCAUAGAUUUGCUCAUUAAACAUAAAUUGCAAAAAUAAAAAUAUCACAGAGAACACCUGUACUUUGCUUAUUGAAAGAUUUGCUCACUAAAGAAGGAAAGUUGUCAUUUACCUGUGUAACAAAUCUGUGCAUCCUGCACAUGUUCCCCAGAAUGUAAAAUAAAAAUAAAAAUUUUAAAAAUAAAAAAGGAAAGUUGUCCUUUAUUGUUAACAUGAUCCAUUAUAUGAAUAUAAAAUAAACAAUUAUCUUUUCUAAUAAAUUUCUGUUGUGUUAGAUCAGAGAGCAAUCUUUUGGAAAGUAUAGAUAUAUUACUGUAGAAGUUACAAACUCAUUGUAAUACAAUGUAUUUAAUUUUUAGAAUAAGAUUAUCUGAAUGGUAUUGUCAUGAUUAUUGUUCCCAUUUUACAGGUGAACACUCUGACUUCAAGUCCAAUGAUAUAUUCACUAUGCCAUUUUAUUGACUUUUCCUUGUAAAGCAAUACAUACUAAUUUAAUAAGUAUUUGAUUUCUGUGAUGUGUUCAGUUGUCUGCUGGGUGACGUGAAAUAAACUCAUCUUUGAGGA